CCACUCUCCUAACUGUCGCUCGGAACAUUGCCUCUCAGUCCCAGCACCUGCCCAGGCUUUGGAUGACUGACCACUGGCUCAGGAGCUGGGAGAGCUACUUGAGGGCCAAGUGAAAGCCUCAUUUUGUGAUUCAGGCACCAGCCAAAUACAGUUGCAUGAGGAAAAUUCAGUUGCCUGUGGCUUUGUUUUAGUUUUUGUUUUUGAGUGCUUUGAAAAUCUUGCUGCCUCUCCCCCUUCUGAUUUGCAAGACACUGGAGAGGAAAUCAACUUGGUUAUCUGAGCAUCCUCUAGUGCCUCUCAGCUCUGCGUGAAGACUGCUUUCCUCGGAGGAGUCCAAACUUUAUCAAAAAGAGAAAUAUUUCCUUUUCUCUUCACAAUGAAAUUGGACUUGGAGGUCAGCGAACCAAUAGACUUUGGUUCUGGAGGUCAUCAAUAUCUGAUUUGGGAAGCAGCAGAUAAAAGCAUCCAGUCCCAAUCUGGUGAGCGCUACACACCUUCAUCUUCAGCUGGGCCACAAGAAACUCGGGAGAAACCACGGCCAAAGGACACCAAGCAGUCGAAUACCUGUGUGAUAGAAAUUUCAGAUGACGUCACCCCAGGUGAUAACAAUGCAACUUUAGGCAAUCCUUUCUCAGACGCAUCUGUCCGCAGAGCUUUCAUUAUCAAAGUGUUCUUCCUCCUGUCAGUUCAGUUGUUGCUCACUGCGGUAAUUACCAGUGUGUUUAUUUUCUGGGAGGCUUUAAAAGUUUGGGUGCUCAAAAAUCCCUGGUUCAUCUAUGCAAUCUUCUCAGCAUUUUUUGCCAUACUUAUUAUACUUGAUUGCUGUGGGAAUCUCCGCCGUCAGGUGCCUGCAAAUUACAUUCUCCUGGGAUUCUUUACAGCUCUUCCAGGUCUGCUGCUAGGAGCCGUAUCAGUUUUCUACAAGGCCGAGGAAGUGUUAUGGGCAACAGCUGCAACCACUCUGGUGACGCUAGCACUCACUUUGUUUGCUCUACAAACAAAAUGGGAUUUUACCUGGCUAAAUGGAGCACUGUUCGUUUUCUGCUUCGUGCUUUUAAUCUAUGGAAUUACCUUAAUCUUUGUGCGAUCAUAUUGGCUGCAUCUAUUAUAUGCUGGACUCGGAACUGUGCUCUUCUCACUCUACUUGGUGAUCAAUGUGCAGCUCAUGCUGGGAGGGCACCGCCAUUAUUCCCUGGACCCUGAAGAGUAUGUUUUUGCUGUCCUGAACAUCUACUUGGACAUCAUCGACCUUUUCAUUUUUAUUCUGCGUCUGAUUGGACGGGGACGGUAGUCACGCAACCAAGGCUGGCUCGUGCGGAGAAGAGGAAGGAGGGGUGCUGUGGAGUGUUGCCGGGCUCAGGCAUGCAGAAGUCACCACUUCAGAAGCUCUUUUAUUUAAAAAAAAUUUUAAGAAUACUUAUUUUUUUGUCAAAUGAAACCAAGCAUUGAGUAGAUGAUAGCUGUAGCUGUUAUAUUUUUAGUUCCAUUGUCACGUAGCAAAACUUUCUGGGGACAUUUCUAAUUUUUAUAGAUUCAAAAGAUGAGUAUCAUAAUUACAUACUUACAAACAUUUGUAUAAUGCCCAUUCCUUUGUUGGAGUUUUCUGAACACUAUUUAAAGCUGUAAACAACAUAUCUCCAAGUGAAUACAAUUGACUACAGAAACCUACAUUUAA